CACUGGAUGACCAUCAUGACUUUCUCUCUCGUCGCAUUCCACAAGACAUUGCCCUUUGCUUGUUAUCCCUCACAUAACUGUAACCCACAAUGGCACCCAUCCAUCGAGUAGCCGUCAUCCAAUGGAACAUCCAGGACCUAGCCAUCGAAGAAAACCACCGCAAAGCAUGCGAUUACAUCCGCGAAGCCGCAGCCCAAGGUGCUGAGCUCGCCGUCCUCCCAGAAUAUCACCUAAACGGCUGGGCCCCCUCCGACCCCCUCUGGCUCGACCACGCGGCCUCCACCCAGGAAUAUCUACAAGCCUACCAAGCCCUCGCCCGCGACCUGCACAUCUGCAUCGUCCCCGGCACGAUCGUCGAACGUCACGAGCCGCAGCCCGCAAGCCCCAACCGCACCGAGGCAAGCAAAAAGGACGCCCUCCUCUACAACACGGCGUACUUCAUCUCCCACGACGGCCGCAUCCUGGGCCAUUACCGCAAGAAGAACAUCUGGCACCCGGAGCGCGAGUAUUUGACGUCAUCCGGGGAGGAGCCGCACGAGGUGUUCGACACGCCGCUGGGGAAGGUGGGGCUGCUGAUCUGUUGGGAUCUGGCGUUCCCGGAGGCCUUCCGCGAGCUGAUCUCCAAGGGCGCGGAGGUGGUGGUUCUGCCGACCUUUUGGAGUCGCUACGACGCCUCGCCCGCGAUGCUGAAACAUAACCCGGAGUCGGAGAAGUUGUUCCUCGAGACGACCCUCACGGCGCGGUGCUUUGAGAAUACCUGCGGGAUCAUCUUUGCCAAUGUCGCGCGGGGCCAGGAUCCGGAGGACAAGUUCAUGGGCCUCUCGCGGGUGGUGUUGCCGGUCGUUGGGCCGGUGGGGCAGAUGGGCGAUGAGGAAGGGGUGCUGGUGGUGGACAUGGAUUUGGGGCUGGUGAGGAUCGCGGAGGAGAAUUAUAAGGUCCGCGAGGAUAUGGAGAGGGAGGGGUGGCACUAUACGUAUAGACAUUCUUCGAUUGCAUAG